UGUGGUGUGGUCUGUGGAAUGUAGAGGUGUUUGGUCUAUGCUGAUUUUCUAUGAUUACUCAUUAAUUUUUACUUUCUCUUUACAAAUUAUUUUUUUUUUUAAUAAAUGAAAGCAUUUGAAGGCCAACAACUGAUGUUUUAGAUAAUUUUUACCAGAUUUUUAAAUAAAUUUUUAGUGAAUAUUUAGUUUUAUUUAAAUUAGGCUACGUGGAAAAUUUAACAAUGACAACAAGGAAAUUUCAAACUGUUUACGCUUUUGCCAGAGAAAUGCAUCCGAAAACUGUUAAAACUGAUAUCCAGUAUGGAACUGCUGGAUUUCGUACAAGAGCGCUAAAUUUGAAUUAUGUGUUAUUUCGAAUGGGAUUGCUUGCUGCUUUACGAGCUCGAGUUAAACAAGCAACAAUUGGAUUAAUGAUAACCGCAUCGCAUAAUCCUGAACACGAUAAUGGGGUGAAGCUAGUUGAUCCAGAGGGUGAAAUGUUGGAACAAAGUUGGGAAGUGUUAGCCACUGAAUUGGCAAAUGUUUCAGACGAUGCAUUAGAAACAGUUAUUGAGAAAAUUGUGGAAACUUACGAUAUUGACAUGAAUUUACAUGCUAGUGUAUAUAUUGGAAAAGACACAAGGCCAAGUAGUGUUAGUUUAUCAAAGGCAGCCAUCGAUGGAAUAAUCGCAUUAAAAGGAAAACCAUUAGAUUUUGGAAUUGUGACGACACCAAUGUUACAUUAUUUUGUAGCAUGCAGAAAUAGCAAUGGUGCAUACGGUGAACCUACCGAAGAAGGAUAUUACAAUAAAUUAGUGAAUGCUUUUAAAAAAUUACGUGGAACUCAAUAUGAUAAUGAUAAAUAUGUGGCUAGACUGAUGUUUGAUGGUGCAAAUGGUGUUGGUGCUAGAAAAAUUAAACAGUUUCAAGAACGUCUAGGUGAUGCUUUAAAAAUUGAUGCUUAUAAUGAUGCAAUUAUUGGCAGCGGAAAAUUAAAUCAUAUGUGUGGUGCAGAUUUUGUGAAAGUAUCACAACAACAUCCAGAAGGCGUACCCGUUGAAUUAAAUGCUCGAUGCGUGUCUGUAGAUGGUGAUGCUGAUCGCAUUAUAUAUUUUUACACAGAUGAAAAUCAAAAAUUCCAUUUGUUAGAUGGUGAUCGUAUGGCAACAUUAAUUGCCGCAUACUUCAAAGAAUUACUUACACUCAGCAAAUUAAAUUUGGAUUUAGGAAUUGUACAAACUGCAUACGCAAAUGGUGGAUCAACGAAUUAUAUUUCUAAGACUUUGAAUGUUCCAGUACAUUGCGUACCCACAGGUGUAAAACAUUUACACCACAAGGCUCAAGAAUUUGAUAUUGGCGUAUAUUUUGAAGCAAAUGGACAUGGUACUGUAAUAUUUAGUGAUCGAGCAAAUUGUUCGAUUAAUUCAACUGCUAAAGAUGAUAGUCUUAAUGAACAAGAACAUAAUGCUGCAACUACAUUAAAAAAUUUAAUGGAUGUAAUUAAUGAAACUGUUGGUGAUGCUAUUUCGGAUAUGCUUCUGGUUGAAACCAUAUUACAUGCGAAAGGUUGGGAUUUAAAAACUUGGGAAUCAACGUACAGGGAUUUACCAAAUCGACAAUUGAAAGUCGUUGUGAAGGAUCGUACUGUUAUAACCACAACCGAUGCAGAAAGAAUAUGCGUAACACCAGAAAGUCUUCAAGGUGAAAUAAAUAAAUUAGUUAGUGAAUAUCCAAAUGGCAGAGCGUUUGUACGACCAUCGGGUACAGAAAAUGUUGUACGUGUAUAUGCUGAAGCUGAUACUCAAAAAGAUUGUGAUAUUCUUGCUGCAAAAGUAGCACUUAAAGUUUAUCAAUUAGCUGGUGGUGUAGGAGAUGAACCAAAAAUUCCAUCGGCUUAGUUAAAUAAUACAAAUUUCUUACA